AGUUAAAGUUACAGAUUUAAAAAUGGGAAAAAGUAAAAUUUCAUCUUAUGGUCCAAAUGGAGAAACUUACUAUCCAACAUUAAGAGCUCCAGAACACCACGAUGCUGACAAGGAUGCAGAAGCUCUGCGUAAAGCAAUGAAAGGUUGGGGUACUGAUGAGAAAGGUCUGAUAGAUGUUUUGGGUCAUCGUGAUAUUUUCCAAAGACUUGAAAUUCGUGACCGAUACAAAGCGUUGUAUGGACAGGAUUUGAUAGAGGAAAUUAUAGGUGAAACAAGCGGUGAAUUUAGAAGUCUACUUAAAAUCCUUUUGCUGGAAACACCAAAAGUGAAUGCUCGUGCUCUCUAUAAAGCUAUGAAAGGCGGUGGUACAGAUGAAGAGACUAUCAUAGAAAUUUUAUGUACAUCUACCAAUGCGGAAAUCCUUGAGAUUAGACAAUUUUAUCCAUAUGUACUGAUGGAUUAUGGAGCGGAUAGCUCGCGAACUCUAGAAGAUGAUGUUAAAGAUGAUAUUGGCGGUUAUUUCGGAAAUUUCAUCGUGGCACUACUUCAAGCAGAACGUGCUGAAGUUGACAUUGAAGAUGUGAAAAAAAUAGCGAGUAAAGGCCUUCAGAGUGUAGUUGAUAUGAGCUUAGUCAGAGAAGAUGUUGAUACUCUUUGGGAUGCUGGUGAAGCGCAUCUGGGGACUGAUGAGUCAGCCAUUAUCAAGAUUAUUGCAAAUCGAAGCGUCUGGCAUAUACAAGCAGUCGCACAACAAUAUGAACAGAAAUACGGAAGAUCACUGAUCGAUUCGAUUGAGUCUGAAACAUCAGGUGAUUUUGAAAGAGCUCUUGUAUUAUGUGUACAAGCUUGCAUAAACCGUCCAAAGGCCUAUGCAGAUCUGUUGGCCAAAGCUAUGAAAGGAGCUGGUACAGAUGAUGCUACACUUAUGCGUAUUAUUGCUACCAGAUGCGAGAUCGAUCUAGGUACAAUUUGUGAUGUAUUUCAAAGGGAACAAGGCAGCAGCUUAGAAGAUUGGGUACGUGAUGAAACCUCGGGAGAUUACCGUACACUUCUCUUAGCCUUACUUGGCACUGAAUAA